AUGACAGGAGGAGAAAAGUUGUCUACCAUUCGAAGUGAUCCUGUCCAAAGUCCCCAGGUAUACAGGAGUUUAGUGGGAGCUCUUCAAUAUGCUGCAAUAACUCGUCCUGAAAUAUCUUAUGCUGUUAAUCAACCUGCAUCACUUGACUUGGUGGGAUUCUGUGAUGCUGACUGGGCAAUAGAUCCAGACGACAGAAGAUCAACUACAGAACUUUGUGUGUUUCUUGGAUCAAAUCUCGUGAGUUGGUCUUCAAAGAAGCAGCAAACCAUGUCAAGGUCUAGUUAUAAAAGCUUGGCCAGCAUCACUGCAAAAAUUACUUGGAUCCAAUCCUUAUUGACAGAAAUCAGAGUGCAAAUUCCAAGGCAACCAACGUUACUUAGCUUUACUCUAGAUUAA